AGCAUUUCUGCUUUGCAAGCUGCAAGAGACAGCAAAGGGAUGCAGAGCAGACAGAGGCUUCAGUCCAGCCAUUAAUUGAUAAAGCAGCACUGCUUGGACCCCCAAAGGGAGUAGAUCAGUGAGAUGGAAUUUGGAUGCCAGUAAUCUUCAUCCCUCAUUAUGGAGAUAUUUUUCGGAGCUGCCUUGGAGCAGGGAUUAAAGAUAGAAAAGGAAGACUCACCUGGCUGGGAUGCAGGAAAAUACCCCGAGGCCAGGCAGGCUGGGAACAGCAGGGAAUUCUGGGAAAGACAUGAGCAGAAGAUGAUGGGAGUCGAAGAGGACGCCACCAGCCCAGGUGUGCAGCAUCAAAAGUUCAGGCAGUUCUGCUACCGGGAGGCCGAGGGACCACGAGAGGUUUGCAGCCAACUCUACAGGCUUUGCUGUCGGUGGCUGAAGCCGGAAAGGCACACCAAGAAGCAGAUCAUAGACCUGGUGGUGCUGGAGCAGUUCCUGACCAUCCUGCCCACAGAGAUGGAGAGCUGGGUCAGAGAAUGCAGAGCGGAGACCACUUCCCAGGCGGUGGCUCUGGCCGAAGGUUUCCUCCUGAGCCGGGCAGAGGAUGAAAAGCCGGAAGAGCAACAGAUGCAAGGACUGCUGUCAGAAAAAGCCCCUGAUUUCCCUGAAGCAGAGGAGGCUCCGUUGGACACCAGACAGAGGCUGCUGUCCAGCAAGAUCUUCCAGGAGGGUGAUAGAGAUAAAGCUUUGCUAGGUGCUGGAAUAAAACUGCCCAGGCGUCCUCAUCCAUCUCUUCUUUCUGGUGGAGUGGAAGAAGCUUCAAGAGGACGGGACCAGGUGACCUUUGAGGAAGUGGCCGUGCAUUUCACGGAGGAAGAGUGGGCGCUACUGGAUCCGGCCCAAAGAGCCCUGCACAGAGAAGUCAUGGAGGAGAAUGCUGCAAAUCUGGCCUCUCUGGUUUCUGGGAGUGGGAAGAAUAAGGGAAAACGCAGCAGAGGAAUUUGGGGAGGAACAAAAAGGAAAAAGUGGGAAGAACAGAAACGAAAAAUGGGAGCAAAAUGGAAGAAGAGGAAGGGAUCAUCCACAUCUCAUCAUGGAAUCCAACGAAUAAUGCAGAAAAAAGAAAGAGAGAGAAGCCUGUCCCCUCCACGUAGGAAAAGCUCCAGUUCAGAACCAAGCUCUCAGUCAGAAAUGAACACAGGGGAGGAACCAUAUGAAUGCUUGGCGUGUGGAAAGAGGUUCAGCAGGAGGGCCGCUCUUACUCGGCAUCAAAGAAUCCACACUAGGGAGAAACCAUAUGAAUGCCGGCAGUGUGGAAAGAGCUUUAGCCAGAGUGGACACUUUACUAAACAUCACAGGAUCCACCAUGGGGAGACCCCAUAUGAAUGUAUGCAGUGUGGUAUGAGGUUCAGCUUGAGGGGAGAACUUACUAAACACCAUAGAACCCACACUGGGGAGAAAGAACAUAAAUGCUUGGAAUGUGGAAAGUGUUUCAGAACGAAGGGAGAAAGUAUUAGACACCAGAGAAUUCACACUGGGGUGAAACCAUAUAAAUGCUUGGAAUGUGGAAAGAGCUUCAGUGAGACUGGAAAACUUACUAUACACCAGAGAACCCACACUGGGGAGAAACCACAUAAAUGCUUUGAAUGUGGAAAGAGCUUCAGCGAGAGGGGAGCUCUUACUAGACAUCAUAGGACACAUACUGGGGAGAAGUCUCAUAAAUGCUUGGAAUGUGGAAGGAGCUUCUGCACACGGAGAGUACUUAAUAACCACCUUAGAACCCACACUGGGGAGAAACCAUAUAAAUGCUUGGAGUGUGAAAAGAACUUCAGCCAGAUAGGACAUCUUACUAUACACCAAAGAACUCACAGUGGUGAGAAGCCGCAUAAAUGCUUGGAAUGUGGAAAGAGCUUCAGCUAUAGGGGAGCCCUUACUAGACAUCAUUGGACCCACAAAGGAGAGAAGCCACAUAAAUGCUUGGAGUGUGGAAAGAGCUUCAUACAGAAUAUACAGCUUACUAUACACCUUAGAACCCACACUGGGGAGAAGCCACAUAAAUGCUUGGAGUGUGGAAUGAGCUUCAAUGAGAGGGGAGCUCUUAUCAGACACCAGAGGACCCACACAGGGGAGAAACCACAUAAAUGCCUGGAGUGUGGAAAAAGCUUCAUCACCAGUGGAGAUCUUAAUAACCACCAUAGAAUCCACACUGGGGAGAAACCAUAUAAAUGCUUGGAGUGUGGAAAGAACUUCAGAACGAGCGGACAUUUGCAAGUACACCAGAGAACUCACACUGGGGAGAAACCUUAUAAAUGCUUGGAGUGUGGAAAGAGCUUCACACAGAAUGUACAGCUUACUAUACACCUUAGAACCCACACUGGGGAGAAACCACAUAAAUGCUUGGAAUGUGGAAAGAGCUUCAACGAGAAGGGAGCUCUUACUAGACAUCAUAGGAUCCACACUGGGGAGAAGCCGUAUAAAUGCUUGAAGUGUGGAAAGAGCUUCAACACAAGUGCAACUCUUACUAUACACCAGAGAACCCACACUGGCGAGAAACCACAUACAUGCUUGGAGUGUGGAAAGAGCUUCAGUGAGAGGGGAACUCUUACUAGACAUUAUAGGACCCACUCUGGGGAGAAACCAUAUAAAUGCCUAGAGUGUGGAAAAAGCUUCAGCAGGAGGGGAGAUCUUAAUAACCACCAUAGAAUCCACACUGGGGAGAAACCAUAUGAAUGCUUGGAGUGUGGAAAGAACUUCAGAACGAGUGGACAGUUUACUAGACACCAUAGAACCCACAAUGGGGAGUGUGACGAUAUGCAGGUUUCCAUCUUAGCUCGAGAUUGCCUGAUUCUUCCUGAGUGCUCUGAAUGGGAGACAUCCUUGUUUUUUGUAACUGAAUGAGGACAAUCCUUGCUUUUAUCCUUGAAAGGUCAGGGCCAUCAAGCUACAGUCCUAAACCCCUUUUCACAUUAAGGAACCAGCUCAAAACAGGCCUUCCUUUAGACAUGUAGGUUCAGGACCAUUAAGGAGGAGGGACCUCCAUUUUGGAGGGAAAACCUCAACCCUGGAUUGGGGUAAGAGUGACCAGAGUUCCAUCAGAGAUGUGCUGACUCUUUCCAUUGGAUCCCAGAGCUGUCUUAUCUCUGGAAGCGUGGGGAAGCCUUUGUUGUGAGCCAAGCCUGAUUCACACUCUGAUUUGUGUCUGUUCUAGAACUGGCAAUGAGAAUAAGGCUUGUUCCCUCUAGCCACAAACCAGCGUAGUUCUUUAAUAUGGUAACCACAAGCAAAGACACUCUCAGAAAGUUAAAUGGGCUUUAUUAAGGCAGAUUGAUUUUCUAAGCAAUAGUACCGAUCAAGUAAGUCAAGCAGGUCAAUCAUAUUCAUUAGCGUAGUGCAGUGAUUAUCAAACUUGGGUCCUCAGGUGUUAUUGGACUUCAACUCCCAUAAUCCCCAACCAAAGGCCACUGAGGCUGGGGAUUAUGGGAGUUGAAGUCCAAUAACACCUGAGGACCCAGGUUUGAGAAUCCCUGGCGUAGUGGAUAUGUUCCUAGUCAAUGGGCUGGUUGCAUGUGAUUUCAGUGUUGAGCUAACUAAUGAAACCUAACAAAGAAAAGAGGAAUGAGGAGAAGGGAGGGUUGCUUAGUAGGGGGAAGGGGUGAAGAGGCAACAGCUGAGUUGUCUUCCAGGAAAGUAUAUUACUGAUCCUCGUCGUGGCCCAUAGGUUUGAGCAUCACUAGGGCCCAUACAGAGUAGGCAGGCUUCAAGCAGGCAUGCUGGUUUGCAGAUAGAAAUAGUCCCAGCUCUCUUGCCCAGCAGAAGAAGCUUCGAACCAAGCAGCAAGCUCCUAGGAUGAGUAAAAGGUUGCCAAAGCCAUGUCCUAAGAGCUAGGUUCUUAUAGUUGUUUUGAUCCUUAGAUCUGGACAUAAAGUUAUUUUGACACAGCAGUGUCCGUCGUGAAUCUGAAAAGUGUCCAUUAACUUGUGUCAGAAAACUUGCUCACUCAUGACAGUUCUUUGUUUGUCUGUGCUGGGUUUCAGGAGAUUGAUCCGCAUUGGAUCCGCGAAUUAAUAAUCUCCUACAUGCUGCAGUCUGUUAGGAGGAAUGAAUUGUUCUUCUGGUCUUCUCAGGACAGUCUGCAUUUCUGAGCUUUGCAGAUUGCUCUCUGCUGUGUAAGCAAACUUGAGCCUGAGUUCUCUGCCCCAAAGAGGUGUGGGAAGUCAAAGACAUCAAGGGAAAACACUAAUCCGAUAUGUGAGAAACACCAGUCUAAGUAACGUACGUGUGUGUGUAAUUGUUUCUAAAAACAUUUCACAGUGAUUGCAUGUACGUGAAACAAAUGGUGACAAUUGUAGUAAACAUAGCAAGCUGCAUAUGCAUUGGAGAAAAUGUAAUUGUAACACAGGACAGGCAAUCUCGCCUGUUUCUCAAGAACUGGCCAGUUGACUCUGAGUUCAUCAAUGCCUGGCAUCAGGAAAUCUCUUAAUGGAAUAGUGAUUUCGGACACAGGCUGCAGCCUGGCCUUUUGGGCCCUCAACUUUGAUUCAGCUAGGGUGACUUUGAUUAUAACACCUUUCCCCUCUUUGAUCACUAUAAAAUAGGGGCCAAGACCCCCACCAUUUGGUCCCCAGGAUACUCAUGGGUUGCCAGUAACCAGGCACCCUGUCACCAGCUUCUGCUAGUGUCCCGAAAGGGAGUAGCUUAAUGCUCUCUCAGCCAAGGACCUGCCUCCUGCUAGAUUAAGGGCAAAUUCAGUGCUCGUUAGUUAAUAUUUUUGCACUUCCUUUUGAAUCCCUGUGUGUCUUUCUUUACGUCCAGUUUCCCUUCUUUCCCCCAAUUCCUUAUUUUGUGUGCAACCCUUGUUUCUUAAUAAAGUUCAUAUUCUUAGAA